UUGGCAGCUCAGUGCGCAGGCACAAGGAGGAUAAUACGUGGUGUGUGAGGCUAGGGAAGAUCAGACAGAGAGGGAUGGGACCGGAACGAGGAGAGAUCUGCAGCUAGCUGCACAGCACAGCCGGCAAAGCAGGCAAUCGGGAAAGAUCAUAAGGAUGAGUUCAUUUGCUGACAUCUGUGGGUCCAAGCAAUCACAAAGCACUCCUGAAGGAGGGUACCAUCGUUAUGGAGUUCGGUCCUACCUGCACCAGUUUUAUGAGGACUGUACAGCUACAAUAUGGGAAUAUGAUGAUGAUUUUCAGAUACAGAGAUCGCCCAGUAGGUGGAGCUCUACUUUCUGGAAGGUCGGACUCAUAUCGGGCAUUGUCCUCAUGCUGACAGGUAUAACGGUACUUGCUGUUGGGUUUCUGGUGUCACCUAAAAUUGAAGCCUUUGGAGAAGAUGAUUUUGUGGUGGUGGAUAGUCAUGCUGUCCAAUUUAAUGGAGCACUUGAUAUUUGUAAACUAUCAGGUGCGAUUAUGUUUUGCGUUGGGGGAACUACAUUGGCAGCAUGUCUUUUAAUGUCUGCUUUUGCUAAAAGUUACUCCAAAGAAGAAAAGUACCUUCAACAAAAAUUUAAAGAAAGAAUAGCAGACCUUAAGGCCCAUGUGCACCCUGUGAUGAAGGCACCAGCUCCUGGAGAAUCGAAGAUACCUGUCACUCUGUCCAAAGUUCAAAAUGUCCAACCUUCAUCUGAAACCUGACAUUUGCCCAUCAUUGUCAAUGUAAUGAAACUGAAAAGGUCAGCUUUUGUGAGUGUUACAGUAAAAGUCUUACUUUGCAGUACAGUCCAACUGUACCUGGCUGAAAAAUAUACAAAUAGGCCAAUAAUAGCAAAACAUGAAAACA